GUUUCUCGAGUGCGACCCGGAGUGGUUGUUUCUGCGUUUGUAUUGACGACAGGAAGGUCACCCCGGCGGCGAUGCAGGAGGCUCGCCGCCUGUUGGAGAACCCCCGCGAGUUGCACGGUCUCCGGAACGACGCUCUGGACCACCCCCGAGUCUACCGGGGCAUCAGAUCGGCGGAGGACCUCGACCGCCACCAGCUCCGCAACCUGGUGGGCGCGGCCACCCUACCCGACAACGGCCUUGUCAAAAUCCUCGGGUUCUUCCUCGGCGACCUGCGGGCGCUAGAGAGCGCGUGUGCCGAGGCGGAGCUGCAGGGGCCGGUGGAGGGGAGCAAAUUCGUCGGCGACCGGGGUGUCAAUGCGCCGGUAGUUCACGACCUCCCGGCGACCCGGCUGCCUGGACAGCUCCGAUCCUCUUGGAAGCAGGGGUUGUGCCUUCACGCAGUGGGGGAUCGCGGACACCGAGGACUCGUUCCGAUCCCCCUCCACCUCCACGCAGGAUGCCCCCAGUCGUUUUUCGUGCCCGGCCGGCCCAUCCUCGAUGGACGAGACGUUGCUGGCCGCUUGGGACACCUUCCCGGUCGUGCAGGAGCUGGCUUCGGUUGGGAGGCGGAAGGCGUUUCGUCUACUGGGGCCGCCCACCAGAGCAAGGCUCUCCGCGACGCCAAAGCUCUGGAGAGCGCCGCUCGGGGGGACCUGGAGCUGCAUCGAGCAUGCACCAACGGGGGAACGGUCACCGACACGCGCGUCGUCGAGAUGAUGCUGGAUUUUCUAGGCGAAGCGAUCGAGUUUCACGCCUCGGCAAACGGCGGGCCUACGGUGAACGGCAUCCGGCGGUGUGACGAGCUGGAGAAGGCGCGCGACCAGGGGCUUCUCCAAAUCCGCGGGGUGGCGGGGCGCGUGGGGCGGGAGGUUCGGGGCAAACACGUCCGGGCCCGAGACGACCGCGCCGCUGGAGGUAACGCAAGCUGGACCGGCCGCUCGAAGGGGGUCAACGAGGAGGAGGCCGAGGCAGCCAAGCGGGAGGCUGAGGCGGCCCAUGCUCCGGCGCCGGAGGAGGAGAAAGCCCAAACGGCGCAAGCCUUCGGAGCAGCGACCAACCGCGUGGAGAUGGCCAGGACCGCCAAGAAGCGCCGGGGCACGAGCGGUAAGAUUGCCGCCGGCGUUGAACUCGUUCGGACCGGGAUCCUAUUCGUUGUGCAUAUGCUGUUGCUGCUGUUCUUGGUCGUUGAUGUUGAUGAUGUUGAUGAUGAUGAUGCUUAGAGGGCCUUCCUCAAGAACGAUUUCUUUUGACUUCUUCCACCAGACCGCCCCCCUCCCCCCCCGGUGUUUCGCCAUCGGGGUUGGGUUUUCGUCGCUUGACAACGACGUUGUAAAACAAGCCCCCCCCUCGGUGUAAUUCAUACGCAGCUGUCAUCCAUAUGCAAGGAAGUGUUGGGUGUGUAUGACGACGUCACUGGUUUUGUAGAGAGACGCGGCAGAGAUGGCGCGGAUAACCCGGGUGCUUUAAUUGUGUACCUGCAUCGUUGAAGACCCCUUCAAUGUGGAACGAUUCUUAGUCACUGUCGAUGUUUACACUGCUGUGCCUAACACAGAUGAUCUGGAUAGAUUCGGGUGAUUGUCAGUUGCAAUGAUGGCUUUGGUUGGGUGUUCUUAUUAAUUGUAUGUCCACGGACUCAUUCUGACAGCACUUCAGACAGCAGCUGCAUGCCCCGAGCUUGUGUACCAUGCACAAUGGUGUUAUUAUUGUACAGACAGCACUUCAGACAGCAGUACGCUGUAGUCGACCAACAUUCAUUUUGGUUAAAUGCGGGACAAGGGGGGUGAUGCUGCUGCUGUAGUCGAAUUGUAGCGUGUGGGCGUGUAGUUCAGUUGUGAGCACGCAAACGUGCUGCAGGGAUUGAUUGCACCGUAAGAGAAUUACGUGCCGAAGUACUUGCUCGAUCGUGGGAAGCGAAGUUGUCUGACCGAGAGAGCACGUUUCCUUGGUUGGCAUUGGCAACCAAGGAGCGCGUUGGGUUCCGUUGGGUUCCUGUUCCAAGCGAGGCAUGCGGAUUUAAUCCAGCACAGCUUGCGGAAAAUGCGUCCGGAUGCGACGGCGACUCUCGCUUGUGUUGUUGAGGGAUGAUGACAAGCGCCUGCCCAUGGGUGUACUUAGGACAGCGGAGGAAUCCUACUUUUGGGCAGAAAUAUAAAUCCAAGCUUUCAGGAGAAGUAGGUCAUCUACAAAAUAAGGGGGUAGACAAGAGCCUCGCAAGCACGGUACCGACCUACGGAAGAAACUCUCACCUUGGCCUGCGUUAGCGUCAGUACCUCCUCUUCAGGGAAACUGACAGGACUACAAGGUAGUUGUGAGUAGUAGGUCUAGAUCUAGAGUGUCUACAUGUUGAGAAGAAAAGAGAAAACUCUCGAGUUCUUCAUAGAUGGUCAUCUGUGAAUUCUGUGAGCUCCAAGAGUUUCAAAACCAAUUUAGGCCAGCAAGCAACAUGAAGGUCGAUAUGAGUUGAGCAACAAAUAAUGAUCAACCGGGUGCG